AUGGCCUCAACAUCAUGGAUCGACAUGACAUACUGGGACUCGAUUGUCACUCCUCAGGCAACGGUAGCCGUUGUCCAAACUGGUAACUCAACUACUCGUCCGCCGGGAGCUUGUAUUGUCUCCAAGACAGCGAUUGAUGGGAAGGUUUCGUACACGACCAUCGCUCAAUGCACUGCCCUUCUUCCAACUACUAGUGACGUUCGAACAAUUUUCAUACAUCCUGGAACAUACAAUGAGCAACUCACAUUCAAUCGAUCAGGGGCUACUAUCUUUCAAGGAUACGCAGAAGACCCAACAAAAUAUUCGACCAAUCAAGUUAUCAUCACCAAUUCUGCUGGAGUUGAUACCCAAGGAGACGCGAGUAACUCAGAUUCCGCCACCUUCUAUUCCAGAGGAAAGAACGUCAAGUUUUACAAUAUCAAUCUGGUCAAUACUUUCGGCAAAGCCGCUGACUACGCCUCGCUGGCCUUUUCCGUCGGUAACAAUGGGAACGCUUCAUUCUACGGCUGCCAAAUCCUUGGUAACCAGGACACGUUCAAUGUCAACGUUGGUGCCAGCGCUUUUACGUACAACACGUACAUCGAAGGUUCAAUAGAUUUCAUCUGGGGAUCUGGUUCCAUGUACUUCUUAGCUUCGAUGAUGGCGCCGAAUACCAAUGGGAUCUCAAUCACGGCUGACAAGCGAGCGACAAAUACGUUGUUGGGAGACAGAGUUCUGGGUUGUAUCAAGCUUGAUUGUUGA